AUGAAUUAUUAUGAGGUUCUAGGGUUGACACCUCCUGUUACCGAGAAGGAAAUAAGAUCAGCAUAUAAGAAGGCAUUACUCCUACAUCAUCCCGAUAAAGUUAAGACUUCUGAGAAAACCAUUUCCAUUGAUUUGAUCAAUAAAGCCUAUCAUACAUUAAUCAAUGAUAACGAAGAAUAUCAAAAACAAGUGAUUUUUGGUGAUGGGUUAGACAUUUUUAAUCUUGCAGAUUUUGAAGAAAAAAAAAUCGAUGAUGGGGUGGAAUUUUACAUGAAAUGCCCUCGUUGUAGAACUGAAAGUGGAAUCAAAUUAACCGAAGAUGAUCUUAUUGGAGGUGCUCAACAAGAGAAUAAUGAAUACGAAGUGAUUGUUCAAUGUGGAGAUUGUAGUUUAUGGAUAAGAGUACAGUACGAGGAAGAAUAA